AUGUCCCCCCAUGAAGAACAUAUUUCACCUGAGGGAAUCGACGAAUACAAUCCGCCAGCGCCCGCAGCAUCUGAAUCAUUUUCCCUGGAGGGAGUGCCUUCUGGGCUUUCUACCGAUGACUAUCUGGAUCAGGGGGAAGUCCUCAAAGUAAUCUACGCUGUCGCCGCCCGUGAACGGGACAAUGAAGACUUGGAGCGCGUAUGGAACAAUAUGCCAUCUUCGACGGUGGAGCUGAAAGAGUUACAGAAAAUGUCGGAGCGCAACUCCGAGAAAGAUGCCGCAAAGGCAAUGGAUCUCCUUCGAUUCAAGGCUACCCUUAAUAUCAGUGAAGACCUCGUCUAUGUUGGAGAGGAUCGUCAAAAAUUAGAAUGGCAAGCGAAAGACCAUUUCGUCGAUUUUCUAAUGUGUGUGUCUCGUGAGACCGGUUUAGAUGCAUGUAUACCGAACUGCCCCACGGAUCACACGUUCGUGAUGCAAGUUGAUUUGCAGCAGCGAUAUCGCAACUUCAAAGCGAAGCAUGGCGAGUUAGGCUUCCAGAGUGAUGGGCGAAUGCUGUAUAUUGGCACAACGCUGAGCUCUGAUGUUUGGAUCGCAUUCGCUCCAAACGGUGCCCUUGCUGGGGACCCCGAUUCUGAUGCUCCUUUCCACGCUCCCAAAAAAGACUCUCGCCUUACCUCCUCGCGUUCAAAGGCCUUUCUACUAUUCUUCGCAACGUUACUAGAGGAAAUACAGUACGGCAACAUCUACGUCAAACCUGCCUUUCCAUAUGGGCCUAGGAAUGAUUUUGAGUGGGAGUUGCGCGAGGCUACAAAUGUUUUGGAGCAUGGUCACAUCAACUUGAAUGUGCAGCAGCUUAAACAAAUCAGCAAACUGUUUAAGACGUGGGGGGACUGGGUUGCUGCCGCACCGAAUCACUAUCGUCAAGAUCCUUUCUUUCGUACUCAUUCUCCUAUUUCUGUUACGUGCCGAUAUGGGCAGAAUCAACCAAUAUGCGUUCCCCGUCAAAGUGCUUAUGAAGCGAGCAUCUGGGACCGGGAAAGGGACUACUCCAAGAUUCGCUUCGUCAGUAUGGCCAUUGCCACUCAUUUAUCACCUCGCGAAGUCGAAUCAUAUGAGCCAAUUCCUGACCAGGAAAUACUGCGUCGACACGGUGAGGUUUUUGCAACCGACGAUGUCAGUCCCCACGACGAGCCCCUGGACCUCCCCAAUUAUCCACUUCAUGAUGACAAUGAUCGCAUCCUUCCUAUCUAUACACAGGACGGCUUGUUGGUUCCACGACAAAGAGCCGUGUUUCGCAACCAACCUGCCUGCGCUCCUCUUCUUGAUCUCUCUCUGGCUCCUGAGCUAUUCAACCAUGGACCAAACCGCCGACGGCGAAGACGAUCGCCCUUCUCUGAAGGAGAUAAUUCUGAUGACUCCGACGUCAACUUACAGGAUGCGUCGAUUCGCGUGCAGGUAUACCCUCAAGCUCUUCUGAUGAGAUAUGGCAAUCUCCAGGCGGAUAGCAUGUCGCCUCUUUAUGAUCCAUUUAUUUCGGAUAUGGAACGUUCCAUCCGAGCUCACAUACCGCCGCCCAGAGGAGAUGAAUCAAGCUCUGAUGACGACGAUUUCUACGACCCUGACUACAGUGAUCGUAUGGACGAUCCCCGUCGGCGACAUGGUGGCACAGGGCCAAUCAUCAUUCCGCAGGCUUCGCAAAUCUACAACGAGAUAUCCCAUCGUAGCCGUCCUACAGCAGGCCAGCAAGAUACUUGUACUGGGGAACUUAGUCAAGCUGCCACGGGUGCAUGGGCAAAGUCGGUGGCUGAUAAACUAUCCCAAUCCAGGUUGCUUGAACGCCAACGCUAUGAUUUACCACAUCAACGGUUUGCUGACAAGAUUCAGCACGAUGACUGUCCUAGAGCUUUGCGGGUUGAGAACGUGUUCACGAUAGAUCUGGACAACAUGCCUCAAGAUGUACGCAAUGGACGCUUCAUAUAUAACAAGAUCGUUAACCCCAUGGUGUUAGCUACCAUUCACCCAGACGUAGCCGAGCCGAUACUGCGCACGACUCUUGUAUUCCGCCCCAAGGUCUUUCCAUCUGUUUAUACAUGGACCAGUUAUCCUAUCACCGCCGCGCUUCAACGCCAAUGGGAGUAUAUUGCUCCUGAUCUUGAGAAGAGUCAACGGCCGAAUCAGAUUGCAAUUGAGAUCCUUUCCGUCUUGGAGCGCUGUUUAGCGUAUGCUCACACAGGAAACGCUCGAGUUCUUGCAACGAAACUCAUGACUCCUCUGCUCCUCACUCGAUCUCUGCUUGAAUGUGGUUUGCCUUGCUUGAAUCCCUCUCUUGUUCAGGUGUCUAGUAGGGCUUCUCCACCCUUGCGAAUUGCGGAAAAUCGAUAUCCAAUCGAGCUUGAAACUAUUGUGAUGCCUGCCCUGGCCUCAACCCGUGCUUGUACUCUUACUUGGGGACGUGAAGUUGCGUCGCUGUGCCUAUUGGCACAGUCGUGCAAAUCGGCAUCACUGUGCCUAUUGGCACAGUCGUGCUAA